GUGAUUCUUGUACGCACUUUCAUUACAGUUUCGAGCAUAACAGAGGGGAGUAAUUGAAGGAGAAACAAAGGAUCUGUUCCACCCACAACAACAACAACAACACUCCGGAGUAGAUAAGAGCAACAGCAAACAGAGAGCAACAUGGCAAAGGUAUUUACCAAUCCGAGGUACUUGUCUGGACCGACUUCUGCACUCGAGUUGACAGCGGUUCUCGACCAGGUGGACAACAAUACGAAUGCUACGCAGCUGUUCAAGAACAACAUCUACAACAUCAUGAACGAGUACAAUCGGAAGGAAGCGCGCCUGAAAACCUUCGCCAAUUGGCCUCUGGCGUGGCUCGACAAGCAUCAGUUGGCCCGAACGGCAUGUUCUAUACGAACGAUAACGAUAAGGUCACGUGCUAUUUCUGCGAGGUGGAGAUCGGGCGCUGGGAUCUCGAUGAUUUGCAUUCAAUUUCUGAAUCUUUUCAACUUUAAGCUCUAUUCGCAGACACACGCGCAUCCGAGGUGCACUCGACCCGACCUGUUGCAUCACCUAAUCCUCCCAUCGAAAACCUUUGCGUAUCAAGAGAAGGCUAAGAAACGCUAAAAAGAGCCGAUUCAUUCGAAAGUGGACAAGUUAAUCUCUGGAAAUUCAUCAAGAGGCACCCACUGUGCAGCUCUCCAGUAACGAGUGACAACGGAUCGUGGGUCGAACCAGACUCUGAAAAAGCAGAAGAGUUUGCAAGCCGAUGUCGCACCUCAAGAUCACACGCUAGCAGUCUCCUGGUAAUUAGAAGCGCCCUUAAAGAUGUCAUUACCAGCCAAGCCAGUUUCUCCCGCUGAAGUCCAAGCGGAAGUUAAAGUCCUUGUCAAAAAAAUAUCUCCUGGGCACCACUUAAUUGAUAAUCGCAUUGCUAGACUGCUUGCAGGCAAGGGAAUUAUGUUUCUCGUUUCAGUAGGCAACUUUUAGGCCAUUCCUUGCAUCGGUCACUUACCCACUCAAUGGCCUGAUUGUGAUGAUUUUAAAGCCAGGCAAGCCAGCGGCAGCCCUGC